CAUUGACAGGUGAACAGUGGAGAAAGGGAGAGCAUCGUGCAGGAUGAAAGAAAGAGACCUGGAUAGAGAGCCGCUGGGGUGUGUAAAGCUUUCAUCCUUGCGACAAAUGAGAAAUAGAACGACAAUUAUAAUGGCUUCUGAAUGAUGUUCGGAAGUUAAUGAGUUUAACACUGUUGCAGUGCAGUGCAGUGUAGUGUGUUGAGCAUAGCCACUUCUGCUGCAGUCGUCUGUACUUUUAAAGGAUGACCCACGACACCUGCCCUCAGGGCGCUGUUAUUGUGGUCUGCAUGCUGCUGUUGCGUCACAUGUUCAUUGUCAACGCAACGGACCUCCACUACAGCUCAGUUUGUUCUCCCCUGAGACCAGCAUGUGAGAGAAAUGGACAAUGAGAGUGAGAAGUGGGCCAGAAUUCUGUGGGACUACCUUUGUCUGCACCAUUCUCUGGAAAAGAGUGAUGUCAUAAUAGGCCUGGGUUGCCAUGAUGUGCGUGUGGCGGAGAGGUCAGCUUCUCUCUUCCUGGAAGGAUGGGCUCCUUGGCUGCUCUUCACUGGUUACAAAGGCAACCAGACUGCAGGUGUGUGGUCGAGGCCAGAGGCUGACGUGUUCCUGGAUGUGGCUCUGAGGAUGGGAGUGCCCAGGGGGAACAUACUGCUGGAGACAGAGGCCACCAACACUGGAGACAACAUCUGCUUCUCAUACAGGCUCCUCAAGGAGAGAAACAUCCCAGCCAACAGGGUGAUCCUGGUCCAGCAGCCCUUUAUGGAGCGCAGGGUCUCUGCAACAUUCCUGCGCCAGUGGCCUGACCAAGGGGAACAUACGCAUGCCAUCGUUACCUCCCCCCAGAUGGGCAUCUCUGCCUACCCCCACCCCACUGUGGGCACUGCCACGGACCUAAUAACAUACAUGCUAGGUGUUCUAGAGAGGAUCCGUGACUACCCACAGAAAGGUUUCCAGGUGGAGCAGGAGAUUACACCCAGUGCUCUCUCCGCCUACCACUGGUUCCUGCAGGCUGGCUACAUUCCCAAGUGAAUACACAACACACACACAUACACUUGUGCCUAUGUUUCGCUAUGGACAUGUUGAUGCUACUGAUGGUUGGGAAUUUAACAUUAAAUUACAGUAAGUUCAUAUUUUGCGAAGAUGGUUGUUUCAUUAAUACCGUGACUUGAGACGUAUGAAAAUAUGCCACAGAACUCAAUUCUUGCUUAUUGUAAGUCAGUGGAUUGAAUGCAUUUCUACAUAAAUAAAACAAAAUGAAUAUAAAAGCUAUUACCCUUAUUUACAUACCACAUAGAAUAUACAUUAAAAGACAACCCCAAAAUAUACACCCAAAUAAAACAACUGGACCUAAGCCCAAACCUUAAAGCCCAAGUGUUUAAUUGAUAAUAAUCUUAAACAUGACCAUCAUAUAUAAUAUCAUUAGACUAUUUUUGGCUUGACGUAUGUGGGUAAGAGAUGGUGUGGUAUGUUAAAAGAAUGACCUCUUUCUCUCUCAUUCACCAUUAUAACACUAUUUCAUUGCAGCCAUCGCAUUUGUAAAAUCAAAGCUAAAAAGUAAUUGACAUUCAAGUAUUUUCC